AUGUUGACAGUCCCCGAAAGUACACGAUGGCUUACCAAAAAGGGUAGACAUGAAGAGGCUUGGAAAAGUCUCCGGUGGAUUCGGGCUGAUGAUUCUCAAGCAACCGCUGACGAGAUGGAAGAGAUUCGCUCUGGUGUUACUGCAGAGACUACUGCCACCGAAGGUUUUCAAAUACGAGAACUCCUAGAAGGAGAGAACUUCAAGCGGGUAUUUGCCGCUUUUGCUAUAUUUACAGCGCAGCAAGCGACUGGAGCGACGGCUUUUGCCUACUUCGGACCCCAAUACUUUAAUCUCAUUGUUGGCAACGAUGAGCAAAGCCUCUUAUUAACGGCUAUAUUCGGAGCGGUGAAAGUUGUAGCCUGUGGCAUCUUUGUCUUGUUCUUCUCGGAACGUCUUUCUCGACGUCAGGUCUUGAUUGGCGGUGCCGCCUUCAUGGCUGCUUGUCAAAUCACUACAGCGGCCGUCGUAAAGUCUUUCCCGGCCCCGAAAGAAGGGGGAAAUACUAUAGCUCCAUCCGGCAUUGCUACUGUCGCUCUCAUUUACUUAUUUGUUAUCGCAUAUAACUUUAGCUGGGGACCAAUGCCUUGGCCAUAUGUUUCCGAGAUUUUCCCCGCAAGAAUCCGAGAGCCUGGCGUAGCUGUCGGUGUUGCCUCACAAUGGCUAUUCAACUUCAUCUUCUCAUUGACAACCCCUUACAUGAUCUCUUCCCUAGGUUGGGGAACAUUCUUACUAUGGGGUAUUUUCGACGCCGUUAUCGCGGUUUUUACAUUCGCAUUUCUUAAAGAGACUAGGGGGCUAUCACUUGAGGUGAUCGCACAGCAACGAUUCAAGGCAGGUGGUGUGUCUGACAAUACAGCAGGAGCUCAGCUGCACGCACAUAAUUCAACAUACUAUAAUCCUAUCCUACCGGGAUUCCACCCGGAUCCAAGUUGCAUAUUUGUUCCCGAAUGGGAUGAUACAUUCUUCUGUGCAUCUUCGAGUUUUAACGCUUUCCCAGGCAUUCCCAUACAUGCAAGCAAAGAUCUUCAAAACUGGAAGCUUAUUGGUCACGUCUUAAACAGACGAGAACAGCUACCUCGUCUAGCGGAAACAAACAGAUCGACAAGCGGUAUCUGGGCGCCGACCCUAAGGUUCAACGAGGGCAUAUUUUGGCUAGUAACAACUCUCGUAGACGACGACCGCGCCGCAGAAGACGCAUCAAGAUGGGACAACGUAAUAUUCAAGUCCAAAAACCCAUAUGAUCCUUCUACAUGGUCAGAGGCAGUCCACUUCGACUUCGAAGGCUACGAUACUUCACCCGUAUGGGACUCGGACGGAAAGGUGUACAUCGUUGGUGGGCAUGCCUGGAAAGUCUUUCCUGGUAUUCUCUUAGCUGAGGCUAACUUGGAGACUGGUGAAGUGGGACAAUGGGAACCUAUAUGGAACGGCACUGGUGGCACGGCACCAGAGGGUCCUCAUAUAUACCUCAAGGACGAAUGGUAUUAUCUACUAGCUGCUGAAGGGGGCACAGGCGUAGAUCACAUGGUUACAAUGGCAAGAUCCAAAAGCAUCCGUGGGCCCUAUGAAGUAAACCCUUCGAAUCCAGUGCUCACGAAUGCCAAUACAACGAACUAUUUUCAAACUGUUGGUCAUGCAGAUUUAUUCCAAGAUGGCGCUGGUAAUUGGUGGGGUGUUGCGCUUUCAACUCGAUCCGGCCCCGAAUACCUUUACUAUCCAAUGGGUCGAGAAACUAUUAUGGUGCCAGUUACCUGGCCUGACAAUGAGUUUCCAGUUUGGUCUCAUUUGAAUGGUGAGAUGAGUGGAUGGGCACUUCCUGAGGGAAAGAAUGGGAUUGAUGGACCUGGUCCGAUCAUCACGGAGGGGGAUGUCAUCGACUUCGAGCCGGAUUCAACACUACCCGCACACUUCACGCAUUGGAGAUUCCCUAUUCCUGAGUCAUAUACUAUAUCACCCCAGGGUCAUCCAAAUACUCUGCGGUUGAACCCCUCUAAGUUAAAUCUUACGGCACUUAACGGGAACUACGCCGGUCCUAACGGUCAGACGUUUGUUGGGCGGCGUCAACAAGAUACACUAUUUACUUAUAGCGUUAAUGUUGACUUCUCCCCGACGUCUCUUGAGGAAGAGGCAGGUGUCUCAGUUUUCUUAACACAGAACCAUCAUCUAGACUUCGGUAUUGUUAUGCUUCCAGCGAAUAGCAGUACUACAACAUUUUCUGGCCUAACUUAUUCGACGAACUCAUCGGGACUUAGACCUUACCUGAGGUACCGUGGUAUUUCCUACAUACCGGUGCCAAAUGAAGUUAUAAUCCCAGUACCAGAGACUUGGUCCGGUAAGGAGUUGAGAUUGGAGAUAAAAGCGCACAACAUGACACAUUACUCUAUGUCAGCCGGACCAGCCGAUGCACUUUCAGAGAUGCGAAAUGUCCUUGAUGUAUCAAAUGCUGUUGUUAGCUGGGGAUUUACAGGUGUUAUCCUUGGUAUUUAUUGUACUAGUAACGGCUACGAGGGAGACACGUCAGCAUAUUUUUCUAAGUGGAGAUACAUUCCGCAGGGGCAAUUUAGGAAUUGA